CAGGCUGAGUUCCACAAGAAGAACACAUUCUACGUCUUCAACCAUGUGGACAUCAAGAUAUCUUACCAUAGUGGAGAAGCGGAGGGAUGGAGAGGGGCUCGGCUGGUUGCUGCCACUCUGGAGCCAAAGAGUAUCAACCAGGCAGAUGAAAAAAACCCAAUUUGUGAAGGAGCCAUCCCGAUGGAGGUCCCUGGGACAUUCGAUAAAGAUGUGUCAAUAGUCUACACCUACUCGGUUACAUUUGAGGAAAACAAUGCUAUCAAGUGGGCCUCUAGGUGGGACUACAUCCUGGUGUCCAUGCCUCACACCAACAUCCAGUGGUUUAGCAUCAUGAACUCCUUGGUCAUUGUCCUCUUCCUGUCUGGCAUGGUUGCCAUGAUCAUGCUGAGAACUCUGCACAAGGACAUUGCCAGAUACAACCAGGUGGACCAGGCAGACUUCAUAAAGCUUCCAACGACCAAGGAAAAAUCCUCGGUGCCUUACGAGGACGCACAGGAGGAGUCAGGAUGGAAGCAGGUGCACGGGGAUGUUUUCCGACCCCCCAGGAAAGGCAUGUUGUUGUCUGUGUUCCUCGGACAGGGCACCCAGAUCUUCAUCAUGACCUUCAUCACUCUCUGUAAGGACUGUUUUGUAUCAGUUAUUAGUAAUACAUAG